CAUUCAAAACCUAUUAGCACAGCUAAAAUAUCACCAAAUAGCUGUUUAUUGGCUACUGGAUCGGCUGAUGGAACUAUACAAAUUUGGGAUUUAAUUUCAAAAGUAUCGGAUCAUGAGAAUAAACCUACUGUUAAAUGUGUUGGACACAUUAAAGGAGUGAAUGAUGUUUGUUGGAGUCCAGAUUCGCUAUUUAUUUGUUCGGCCAGUGAUGAUGGUUCUGUAAGGUUGUGGUCAUCUGAAACUGGUGAAAUAUUAAUGAUUUUACAUGGACACAAUCAAUUUGCAUAUUGUGUGGCUUACAGCCCAAGUGGUAAUAUUAUUGCCAGUGGAAGUUAUGAUGAAACUGUUAGAUUGUGGGAUGUCAAGACAGGAAAAUGUCUUCGUACGCUGCCAGCUCAUUCAGAUCCUGUAACAUCAGUUUCAUUUUCACGUGAUGGAUCACUUUUGGUCACCUCAAGCUAUGAUGGUUUUUGUAGAAUUUGGGAUACAACAACUGGUCAAUGUCUGAAAACUAUCCUUAAAGACCCACAUGAUGCUCCACCUCUUUCGUGUGCUAAACUCUCACCACAUGGAAAUUAUCUCUUGGUGAGUACAAUGUCUAAAGAAACUGAACCGGCCAUUAUAAGAUUGUGGCAAGUAAGACCUAGUGUGAGAAAUAUCAAAAAUUAUACAGGACAUGUAAAUAAUCGAUUCAGUGUUAACUUGACCUUCCAUCCAAAAGAAAAUGUAAUUCUAUCAUGUAGUGAAGAUGGUUAUGUUUAUGUUUGGGAUAUUCAAACAGAGACAAUAGUAUCUAAACUGAAUUGUAACACAAAG